AUGAAGACAUUCAGGCUAUUGUUAUAUGUUCCAUUUACUACAGCCCUUGCAACCAAGAGAGCCUCUGUCUCUCCUGAAACAUUCGCAUCACAAAUCACUAUAUCCGGUCUCCUCGAAGGCACGCAGAUACUCCAAGACUUUGCCUAUGCCUACCCGCAACGCAAUCGAGUCUUCGGUGGCGCCGCCCACAAUGACACGCUGGACUACAUCUGCCGCGAGCUCAACGCGACGGGAGCCUACGACCUCCACCGCCAGCCCCAAAUUCAUACCUGGACGAAACACAAUCAAUCGGUGACUACAGCUGAGGGCCAGACUCUCAUCGCGUAUAGCAUGACCCACAGCCCAAGCACGAACGUCACCGCCGAGCUGGCCCUCGUCCCCCAACUCGGCUGCAGCGCUGAAGACUACAACACUUCAGCAGUGGGAAAGAUCCUCCUCACGCGCCGGGGCGGCUGUGCCUUCGGCCACAAAUCUACCCUCGCCGCGGCCGCCAACGCCGCAGGCCUCAUAAUCUACAACAACGUCGCCGGCCCGCUGCACGGCUCCUUGGGCAGCCCUAACACCACGACUCCCUUUGCCCCAACCGUGGGAAUCAGCCUCCUCGAUGGCCAGCGCCUCCUGCGCAGCAUCACGCCCAACGCCACCUCCUCCAACACAACAACCCCCAUUCCAUCCCCACGGUUAACCCUCUACAUCCACACCCAAUCCGCCCCACGCCUGACCUACAACCUGAUCGCGCAGACCAAAGCCGGCAACGCAAGCAACGUGAUCACGGUAGGCAGCCACACCGACUCCGUGGACGCCGGCCCCGGCAUCAACGACAACGGCUCCGGCACCAUCGGCUGUCUAGCCAUCGCCCGCGCUCUUGCCUUGUCGUCAUCUCGCCCCUUAAUCCGCAACGCAGUACGCUUCCUCUUCUUCACAGCCGAGGAAUUCGGGCUCCUGGGCAGCACCUACUACAUCAAUAAUUCGUCGCCCACCAACCUCACGCACAUCCGCCUGUAUUUGAACUUCGAUAUGAUCGCCUCCCCCAACUACGCGUACAUGAUCUACGACGGUGAUGGCUCCCGGUACAAUGUCUCCGGCCCGCCGGGGUCGGAACACAUCCAGCACACGUUACAGGAAUACUUCGAGCGGCGGAAUGUGUCCUACCGCGCGACGCCAUUCAACGGGCGCUCGGAUUAUCGGGCAUUCAUCCGGAAAGGCAUCCCUGCAGGAGGGCUGUUCACCGGGGCCGACGGGAUCAAGACGCAGCGGGACGCGGAGCUGUUUCGGGGGCGGGUCGGGGUGGCGUAUGAUCCUAAUUAUCAUGGGGCUGGGGAUACGGUGGCGAAUUUGGAUCAGGAAGCUUUUCUGAUGAAUGCGCGGGCGGCGGCGUUUGUGGUGGCGAGGUAUGCCGGGGAUCUGGAGGGGAUUCCGGAGCGGCGAGGUACCAGUUCGAUGGUGGUGGAUGGGCUGAGACUGGGUAUCGCGCAGAAUGCGUUGUCUUGGAUGAAUGAUGAACUGUCUAUUUGA